ACUAAAGUCACGUGGUGUCAAAUGGCUGCUCAACUCUUCUCAGCACCUCGUCUUCUUAGUCGAAGGAGAAGGCUAAUACAUCUCAACAAUACAGUCUUUAACAGUACCAGAAGGGAAGAUGUGUCCAAACUGUCAGGUAUUGCUAUUAAUGAUAGAAUAAGUGGAUACAGAGUUACUGGAGUUACUGAAGUAUCUGAUUUUAAUCUAAAAGCUAUAGAAUUACUUCACGAGUCAACAAAAGCUCAACACUUGCACCUAGUAAGACAAGACUCCAACAAUGUAUUUGGUGUUGGUUUCAGAACUACACCAAUGGAUAGUACCGGCAUAUCUCAUAUACUAGAACACACUACAUUGUGUGGUUCAGCCCAUUAUCCUGUAAGGGAUCCAUUCUUUAAAAUGCUAACUCGUUCACUAGCGACAUUCAUGAAUGCUUUCACUGCAAAUGAUUGGACAUUCUAUCCAUUCUCUACACAAAACUACAACGACUAUCGUAAUCUCCUCUCAGUCUACUGUGACUGUGUGUUUCAUCCUAACCUAAAGAAGAUGGACUUUCAUCAAGAAGGAUGGAGGCUGGAGCAUGAGGACCCUAACGACAGGAACACCCCUUUGGUUUUUAAGGGUGUGGUCUUCAACGAAAUGAAAGGAAUGUUUUCAAAUGCUGAAUAUCUGUUUGAUACUGAGUUGCAGCGUAAGCUCCUCCCAAGCCACACCUACUCUCACGUGAGCGGAGGAGCUCCAUUGAAUAUAUUAGACUUGACCUGGGACUCUUUGAAAGAGUUUCAUGCUAAACAUUAUCACCCAAGCAAUUCAUAUUUUUAUACGUAUGGGGACAUCCCAUUAUCAGAUCAUCUUAGUUUCAUUGAUGAAAAUGUAUUAAGUAAGUUCUCAGUCUCGACUCCUGCAGCUGCCAUUCCAUUGGAAGCAAGAUGGAACCAACCAAGGUCGCAUGAAAUUUACUGUGCUCCGGACCCCAUGGCACCCGAUCCUAAUAAACAGACGACAGUAGGCGUGGCUUAUCUACUUGGACCGAUAACAGAUUCAUAUGAAGGUUUACUGUUGAGCAUAUUAACCAAACUAUUAAUUGAUGGAGCAGCUUCACCAUUCUACCAGUCACUAAUAGACAGUAAUAUUGGAUCAGAUUAUUCACCUUCUACUGGGUAUAAUGAUGGGACAAAGGAUUCUUAUUUCUCUGUUGGUUUGCAAGGCAUCUCAACUGAAGAUGCCGAGAAAGUAAAACAAAUAAUAACCGAAACAUUUCACAAAGUCUACCAAGAAGGUUUUCCAGAGGAGAGAGUAAAGGCUAUACUACAUCAGGUGGAAAUAGGAUUGAAGCAUCAAUCAUCAAAUUUUGGAUUAGCAUUGCUAAUGCAUUUUAUAACACCAUGGAUACACGGGGCUAGCCCUACCUCUCUGCUACAGAUCAACCAAAAUGUUGAAAACUUUAAAGAUCACAUGGCUAAUGACCCAAAUUACCUCAAAGAAAAGAUCAAAGAAUAUUUCAUUGAUAACAAGCAUAAUCUUACACUAGUCAUGAGUCCUGAUGUUGAGUAUAAUAAAAAGCAAAAAGAGUUAGAAGAAGAGAAGUUGAGAUUGUUAGUCUCUAGUCUCUCAGAGGAUGAUAAACAGCGUGUCUAUGAUGAAGGGCUUCAGCUUCAAGAAGAUCAAAAUAAGCACCAAACCAGUGACUGUCUACCAUCACUCAGCGUGGCUGAUGUAGACAAGACUACUCCCAUCACAGAACUAAUCCAUGAAGAUCAUGGGUCCAUUCCCAUUCAGUAUUGUGUACAGCCAACUAAUGGUAUCUCCUACUUGCAGUUCCUGAGCAGUUGUCGUGACUUACCUGAUGACCUCAAACCUUAUCUUCCACUUUUCUGUUCAGUCAUUACCAAGAUGGGUACACAGGACUUGGACUAUAGGCAGUUAUCUCAACAGAUUGAUCUGUACACUGGAGGCAGUGUGUGUGUCGGUACUCAUGUAGCAUCACACCAUUCCAUACCCAACCAGUUUGAACAGGCUAUUGCCUUGACCUCUCACUGUUUGGACCGUCAUCUGCCUUACAUGUUGUCUAUUUGGGAAGACAUUUUCAACAAGCCACAGUUGCAAGAUGAGCAGCGACUACAGACAUUGAUUGCUAUGGAGGCAUCUUCCCUGGCAGUGAAUGUGUCCCGUAGUGGCCAUAGGUAUGCCAUGACUGCCUCUGCUUCUUCUCUGAGUCCAGCUGCAAUGAUGGCUGAGAAAUAUGGCGGAAUAUCUCAGGUUAAAUUCAUGAAAGACAUUGCUGAGACGAGUGACCUUAAACCAGUACUAGAGAAACUGGCAUCAAUUGCAGUAGCUGUACUGGACACUGGCUGCAUGAGAGUUGCUUUCAAUGUGACUGAGCCUCAGUUCACAGUCGCUUCUGAAGCUGCUGAAGGAUUUCUUGAUAAUCUCCCAGGAAGCAUCACAGACACUCCCCUAUUCAUGGAAGAAGGGACUGUCACACCCACGUUAAGCCACACUCAUUACCAGCUGCCGUUUCAAGUGUAUUAUGUUGGUCAGUCUUACAGGACGGUCCCUUACACACACGAGGACUCGCCGUCUUUGAGAGUAUUAGCACAAUUAAUGGGAUGGAAGUACCUUCAUAAAGAAAUAAGAGAAAAAGGUGGUGCCUAUGGAGGCGGGGCUAAGCACGGCAAUGGGAUAUUCUCUUUUUUCUCAUAUCGUGAUCCACAUUCUCUUGAUACUGUUAAUCGAUUCAAUGAUUCCAUUGAUUGGGUCACCAGUAGAUCAUUCACUGAUGAAGAUGUAGAGGAAGCAAAGCUAUCAGUGUUUUCUCAGGUUGAUUCCCCAGUCUCCCCUGGGUCAAAAGGUAGCUCUCUAUUCCUUCAAGGAUUAACUCAUGAGAUGAGAGCACAGUAUCGCUCAAGACUUUUUGAAGUCUCUGGUGACCACCUGGUUUCUGUAGCAACAAAAUAUUUGAAAGAGGCAGAGCAUAAAGGCUCUGUCAUUAUUGGCCCAGAGAUAAAGACCCUCUCACCAGAAUGGACAAUAAAACAUUUUUCACUUUGAAAAUCGAUUAAUAUCAUUUUGAUACUGCUCACUACAGAGGCUGAGAAAUGUUUCAUUA